AUGAUGUUCAUGAANUUGUUGUUGUGGUUGCAGACAAACGAUAUGACCAAAGCAUUUAUUGGACGUCCAGCACCGCCAUUCACAGCAGAUGCAGUUGUAAACGGUGACUUCAAAACAAUUUCGUUGAACGACUACAAAGGCGCUUAUUUGGUUCUUUUCUUCUAUCCGGCCGAUUUUACGUUCGUGUGUCCAACCGAAAUAAUCGCCUUCUCGGAUAGACUCGACGAGUUCAAGGCUCUCAAAUGCGCAGUGGUCGCUGCAUCGACAGACUCAAAAUUCUCACAUUUCGCCUGGAUUAGUCAGCCAAGAAAGGAGGGUGGACUUGGUGAUAUGCGUAUUCCGGUGAUGGCUGAUCCCACCCAACAGAUCAGUCGUGAUUACGGAGUAUUGAAAGAGGAUGAGGGUGUAGCGUACAGAGGAUUGUUCAUAAUCGAUGGUAAGGGAAUAAUUCGGCAAAUUACCAUUAACGAUUUGCCGAUUGGUCGAUCCGUUGAUGAGACUGUGCGUCUCAUUCAAGCACUUCAGUACACGGAUGAGCAUGGCGAGGUUUGCCCAGCUGGAUGGAAACCUGGUCAAGACACUAUGAAAGCGGAUCCAAAAGGAAGCAAGAAAUACUUCGCGAAACAAAAAUAA